AUGGGUCACGUGCUGAUACGGACGAUUGACAAAUUUGCCCAGCACAGCAAUAUACAGCUACCAACCAACCACCAUCACCACCACAAGCCGCCAAUCUCCGACGGUAUGAACAUGAAGAAGUUCAUGACGACUACCAAAACGCCAGCAGCGGUAGCAACAGUUGCGGGUUCGUCGCCAUCACCACCGGCAACGUUCGCCUGCGAGACCAUGCCGCUGCAGGGAGCCGUCCGCAAUGGAAGUGCAGCGUCCAGCGAGCGCACCGAGGACCCCGGCACAGCUGGACCAUCUCCAACUCCUACGCCAACUUCAACCGCCACUGGCCAGCCGGGUGCGUCGCUGGACGAAACACAAGGCGCGGCAAACGCGAAAGGUUCCUCCUCGCUCGGCCGAGGCGCACCGUCGACGGUGGGCGACACAGCGUCCACCACCACAUCUGCCUCGACCGGGGUGGUGAAGAUGUGCGGCUAUUUGAAGAAGAAAAGAAACAAAAUGGGCGGCUGGCGGAAGCUGUUCUUCAUACUGCAGAACCAGCUGCUGCUGUCGUACUCGUCCCGGGACGACUACGAGAAGAAGCUCGCCCCGUUCAAGGACAUCAUCAACCUGGUGCCGGGCACGAUCAUCAUCCCAACCACUGGGCCGCGCUUCACCAUCGAAACGAACUCGAAGCUAAUGUACACAUUCCGCUGCGACGAUCACCGGAGCUGCUCCGAAUGGAUAAUGGCCCUGCUGGACAGCCUCACCGUGGCGAACGGCGGCCACGGUACGGACCGUAACUUCAGCUUACAUAAUGGAUUCCACCGGUCCACGCUGCCGCUGACGUCCUACUCGCUGCCGGCCCUAAGCUGCCAGCCAUUCGCCGGGCCAGUUGGCCGGCUGGGCGGACCGACGCUGGGGCUCAAGAAGCGGGCCCCUCAGCCACCGUUGGUGCGUUCCGGGCCACCGAAGCCACCGCGCAUCGUCCUGGAGCCGGAGGUGCACGACUCGAACGACGAAGAUGAUCUCAACAACAACCACGUGCUGGGCGGGAGCCUCACCGGACUGGACGGGCCGUCCAAGUCAAGAGCGGCCAGUGUGCAGACGACCAGCAGAGGUGGAGAUGAGGGCGAUAGUGGCCGGCCGGAGUCUGCUGCCGGCGAAUCGAGCGCUCCCGCCGCCGAGACGAAGGGUGCCGAUCGCUUCGAGGGUGUCGAUGAAGAGGGCGCUGUGGCACCGGCCGCUCCCAGACGACCCCGUCCCGAAGGGAGGGAGGAAGGGCUGGAACGUGCCGCUCGGCCGAGGCAGCAGAUCUUUCGACUGCACCAGGACGUUUGGAGCCAAGCUCACCGCCAGUCGAUGGACGUGUGUCGCAUCAACAGCAUGUUCAGCGAGCGGCAGCCGGCACUGACCCCGGACGGGACGGCCAGAAGUGCCAGCUCGGCUGGCGUAAGCUUCCCAGCCGUCGCCUGCGAGGCGCAUCUGUACGAGGAUGUCGGUGGGCCGUGCCCGGUGCUGGAACCGGAACCCAUCUACGCCGUGGUGGACGUGCGGGCGAAGCGCUCCCGACGGCUUGCCCGCACUCUGAACCCGACGACCGCCACGCCGGACGGAAGCGAACGUACCGACGGUGGCGGUGGCAAUCGGAAGGUGUCCGUCUCGCUACCCCAGAUAUCGGACGGCGUCGAGCUGGCCACCGUCACCGAGCGGCGACCGGUGACGGCCCGCAGCUGCAGCAACUACGACGACUACGAGGACGUUAACUAUCUGUUCGUCUCGGGCCAUCAGCGGCGACCGGCGGCCGGCACCGAGACGGACAGCGUGGGAACGGACGGGUCGCGGGAACAGCUUGCCGCGCGCCACGAAUCCUACGGCGAGGAGCACAUCUACGAGCCGAUACUAGUCGCUGAACAGAUACCGACCGUCCCGACGAGCGGAUCCUCCUCGUCCCUGCCUGCCCCUGCCACCGACCAGCAGCAGCACCAUCACCGCAGCCUGUGGCGGCACCUGAAGCGCAUGCAUCUGCAGGGCUCCUGGCGCCGGUUGACGCACCGACACGCCUCCGGCAGUCCCAAGCCGGACCUGGACGGCCGCUCGACGACCGCGACCGCACUGGAGGGGCUGGGCCGCCGGCUCGACAGCCACCGGCGGUCGAUCAAGAAGCGCAUCAAGAAUCUGUGCGAACGCAUCGAUCCCGUCGGCACGAGCGCGUCCGCGACCAGCCAUCACCAGCCGGAGGGAGGCGACGAACCCGACGCCAUCGCCACCGCCGCCGCCACGGAACAAAUUGCCGAAUCGUCCAGCGGGGUCGGGUCGAGGAAGUCCGUAUCGCUGGACAGCUUUCUGCUAGCGACCGGCCAACAACAGCAAGCGUCCUUGCCCAGGUGUUAGCGCACUCGGAGGAUGUCACAUGGCGCCACGGCAUGGACGCCAAACGUUUCAAACGGCUCGUCGCGGGCCACAGGCAGGUUGUAUUUUAACGCAAAGCGAGAUGGGGGAGGGUGCGGCAAGGAGGAGAGCAUCUUAGGAGGUUAGGAUUUUAACUUAGGAGGAACCUUUACGGCUACGCUCUCGUGUGUAACGAGACAAGCGAAACACAUUGUGCUAUUUUAGUGUUUUUUUAACAACUGACAACAAAACUCUCGAUAAAAAAAAAACAAGAACAGGGUGUACUUCUUCUUUCCGUGCCUUUCUGGCUUUUCUUGAUAGUGAUGGGAAAAAUGAAGUUUUUGUCGGAAUCGAUUCCGGCUAGCUCCGAAGUUGGUUCCAGAAUCGCAAUCGGCUCCGAAAUCGGAAUUAGUUCCGACUACCUCCGAAGUUUUCUAGAAUCGAUUCCGGACAGUAGGUCCAGAAUAAGUUUC